UUUUCGAAUAUCAAACUCUUGUGCUAAUCUUAUCAGCCACUCUAAUAUUAUAAUUAAUCCAUAUGUAUAUCGCGUCACAUUCACUAUAUAAAUUUACGACUGGAAUUACUGACGGGUGCCAGUGUUUUUCUGUAGUCGACACGAUGAAGCUCACAUUAACGCUAUUUGCCGUCUUGGCCAUCAUCGGCCUAGGCCAAACUCACCAAGUCCCGAAUUUUGGCAGUGGUCCUCUUCAUGAGGAUAUCCAAGACGUUCUGGAUUUGAUUCCGAUGGAAGAAGUCGCUGAAGUUUUCUUAAGUUACCUAGCAGAAGAUAAUGAAUUCAAGGAGUUCCUUCAGCGCCUUUCAUCCUCGAAUGUGCUCAAAGAUCUAAUGGUGGACGUCGAGGCCGUUCCCGAAGUGAUCAACCUUUUCAACUUCUUGCAGAAGGAAGGCAUCGAAAUUUAUACCAUAAUAAAUGCUAUUAACAAAGUCUUCGGUAUCAAAGAACUGAUACCUCCUGCUUCUUACACAUAUCCCUUGAAACCCAUAAAAAGGACUGGUGGAGUCCACGGAUUCUUCAAAGACAUCAAGAUACUCUUUAACUACGACGACUUCAUUCGAAUCUACGUGCAGAAGAUGCAAACCUCCAAAGCCUUCGUCCGUUUCAUAGGGCAGCUCAAGUCAAAUAAUUUCCAACAAAUCGUUAACAAGGUCUAUUCGGCGAAAUCCUUUCAGCUAAUUCUGAAUAGCCUCAAACAGUACGGAGUGAAAACGCAAAUCGUAGCAGACAUCAUAUACAUUGUUCUUGGUAUCACUGUACCGAAGCAUCCGCUGCCGUUCGCUUUUGAACGCUCGCUGAUCGAUGAGAUUGGAGACUUCACGAAGAUCAUGCCGGUGAAUAAGUUCGUCGAAAUAACGGUCAAAUACCUAACCAAUGAUCAAAAGGUACAGAACGCGUUUGCCUACGUAAUGAAUCCUGAGUUCCACACAUUGCUGCAUGACGUUGAGGUCCUUAAAGAACAUCAAGCAUUGAUAGUGCACCUGGAAAAGUCCGGUCUUCAUGUAAUAGACGUUAUCCAAGAGUUCCAUCGAAUUAUCGGUAUGGAUAAAUACGUGCCACCUAACAUAGAGAACAGGUUCGAGUCUCAGAUCGGAGUGCAAGAGGUCGGUGAGGGACUGCGAGCAAUGCUCGACGAACUCGUGGCUGUGGCGCCUAUAAAAGAAUUGCAUGCACUUUACGACGAAAAGAUGAAAACCGUUAACGCCUUCUCCGAUUUCGUCAAGAAAGUGACGUCUCCGAAAAUGAAGGAACUAGUCUUCAAUCUGUACAAUCAUGCAGCCUAUCGCAAAUUGACCGCUAAAUGCUUAGAGCAGGGACUGGAUCUUAAGGCAUUGUCGCAAUUUUACAAGAAACUUAUUCCGAUUCCUAUUGAAACACCGGUAUUCUAACUUGACACUCGCAACUCGUGAUUACACGUCGAUUUGACAAUAAAAACACAAAUGUCUCGAGUCUUAUUAAUAUUAUCAUCACUAAAUUAUAUCAAAACUACGAUUCUCUAUGAUGACAAUAAAUAAUUUCGCUACUUUAUAACAUA